UGUCUCAGCAUCCAGCCCAGAAUCCCACCCACCGCUCGGCAUUUAUUUUUUCACAAAACACCUCGAGAAUGUCGAGUUCCUCAAAUCUUGUAGCCAUGAAAAAAGUCGUGCAGCAGCUCCGGUUCGAGGCGAGCAUACACAGAGUGAAGGUCUCCCAGGCAGCUGCAGACCUUCAACAGUUUUGCAUCCAGAAUGCUUUGCAGGACCCACUGCUCACUGGUGUGUCCUCUAGCACCAACCCCUUCAGGCCGCAGAAGGUCUGCUCCUUCUUGUGAAACCACUGUAUUCAUUGGCCUUCAUUUUGAUGCUACAGGGAAAAGUUGACCUCAACACUGCUCCUCAUGCCAAGCCAUUAUACUGCCACGGGAUCUCUGGAGUGUAGAACACAUUGUCAGGAAAAUGACCAUCUAUUUUCAGCCACAGUAGAAGAAAGGAGACCGUUUUAUUUUUCAUGGCACAGUGUGAUUUUUGAGUAAAUUAUUGUGCCUUUUCUAUCGUUCUAUUUUAGUCAUCACUGUUCUGGACUUUUUUGUAUUUAAUGAAUAAAAAACAUUCUUUCCUACUCAAA